AUGGACAAACACAAUGAGACUGUGAAACAUAUCUCGGAUCGCCUGAAGGACUUGUACUCGCGGAAGGAGCACUUCCGAAUUUUCCAUGGCUCCACCAAUUCGACAAGGAGCUAUUCGGUGGAUCAGAGCAGGAUGAUUGAUACCAGCUCUCUGAAUCAUGUUCUCUCUGUGGACAAGUCAACCAGAACUGCAUUGGUAGAGCCAAACGUGCCAAUGGACAAGCUGGUUGAAGCGACCUUGCCCCUUGGCCUGGUACCACCAGUGGUCAUGGAGUUCAAGGGCAUAACUGCUGGCGGAGGGUUCAGUGGAACUGGAGGUGAAAGUUCAAGCUUUAAGCAUGGCUCCUUCGAUUGUACUGUCAAUUGGAUUGAGAUUGUGCUAGCUGAUGGAGAGAUAACAAAGGCUUCUCCUAAAUCGAAAGCGGACCUGUUCUAUGGUGCAACCAGCUCGCUGGGUACGUUGGGAGUAACAACAUUGAUGGAAAUUCAGCUCGUCGAUGCGGAGAGAUAUGUUGAAACCACAUACACUCCAUGCAAGUCACUGGAGGAGACCCUGGAGAAGACAAAGACUGCUAGCAGCGAUCUUGAGAACGACUACGUGGACGGCUUUCUGGUCUCCCUGCACAGAGGCAUAGUCGUCACCGGUCGUUUGACAUCUUCCAUAUCCCGUGAAACCCGCAUACAGAGAUUCCAAGGCCCUCGGGAUCCUUGGUUCUAUAUACAUGCGGAUCGGACGACACAACAAGUCGGUGGACCAGUCACGGAAGCUGUGCCUUUGGCCGACUACCUCUUCCGUUAUGAUCGUGGUGCUNUUUGGAUGGGCAAAUACGCCUUCAGUUAUUUCAUGGUUCCUUUCAACCGCAUAACUCGAUGGGCCCUGGACGACUUUAUGCAAACAAGCACAAUGUAUCAUGCUCUGCAUGCCAGUGGACACAUGCAGCAGUAUAUCAUUCAGGAUCUGGCCAUUCCUGCUGCAAGUGUUAAGGGUUUUAUCGUUGCAGUCGACAAGACAUUUGGAUUCUAUCCUCUAUGGCUGUGUCCAAUGAAGCCAUGGAAACAACAAUCUUCUUUCCAUCCGCAAGCCAUUAAGACUGAUCUUCUGAUUAACGUUGGUGUUUGGGGUCCGAAUGGAGCGAACGGUCCGGCAGAAGUGGUGCAGCGCAACCGUCAGCUGGAAAAUAUUGUUCGGCAGCACGGAGGCAGAAAAUGGUUAUAUGCUCAAGCAUUCUAUUCUGAGUCAGAAUUCUGGGACAUCUACGAUGAGAAGUCCUAUCGUGACCUAAGGAGCAAGUACAAGGCCGAGCAUUUGCCUAGUGCUUUCGACAAGGCUUGCGUGAACAGUAGUGGUGGAAGUCUCCAGGGAUGGGGUGAUUGGACCAAGCAGAAGUCCAGCGGCGGCGACGACAAGAACUCCAAGUGGAUGGAACAGCUCAUGGGCAAGAAGCUUGGCGACAGCAGCGAUAACAUGAAGGACCUUCCCCAGCAACACCGCGUCGUCAAGGGCGACUCGAUGAUGACCAUGGACCACAACCCCGAUCGGUAA